AUGGCAGCACAACAGCAAUGGGGCCGUUACCCUGAUUCGCAGGGCUCGCAGGGGCUGCGGGACGAGUACGACGACUACACGUAUCCGAUGCAUGAGAACCGCCGGUCUUUUGAUGCCCAGCCUCCACGCAGGUCCAGGUCAAAUCGUGCUUCGGUCCAAACAUCAAACACGGAUGCUCUCACAGAGUCCACCUUCAGCCCCCACUCGCCCACAGCUUCGAGCUUCGCUGGAGCUGUCCAUGGACUAGCUCCCAGACCGCCUUCUUACCAGCGACCGGUUUUUGUAGCUCCCUCUGCGUUAGGUUCUGCACCGGGCGUGGUCAGGUUUGAAGGCGUUGACGGUGUUGGCCAACCGGCUUUUGCUUCAGUUCCUGUUCCUUCAGUCGCCGCUUCUAAUCGAUCUCAAGAACUUGUCUCGCGCAUGUCUGAUGGAAUGUCUCGCAGACCGGAUCGACAAUCUUCAGAACAAUACCGGGACUCGUCAUUUGAAUCAGUUCCGCAAGCUUCUCCAAACGGGCCAGACCAUUCCCGUGGCCCACCUCCAAGCUAUCGCCAGCCACAUGGCAACUCAGGACCACCGUACACAGGCUCCAGCUCCAACUCCAACUCCAACUCCAACUCUGGCUCCAACCAUCCUUCACCUUCGUCAAAACAACUAAAAUCUUCGCCACUCGGCCGUCUAGCCGUAGACGACGAUAUGGACCCCGAAGGCUAUUAUACAACUCGCCGUGAGGAAUAUUCGGACGGCCCCAGGCAUCGAAUUCAUGAUGUCACUAGUGGCAGAGGGAGCAUGGCGCCACCCAUCAUCCCGCAAGACAUUGCUGCCAGAUUACCCCGAAAAACGUACGUCAAUGUGUCGUCAGGGCGCCGCAACCAAAUUGCAAACGAUCGUUCACCCCUCCAAAGGCUUGAGCUGACGCUCGACAGCAUGACCAAGGAGGAAAAGAGAGCCAGAGUCCAGGCCGCAGAGCAACGAGCGAGGGAACGUGCCGCCAGAAGAGCGGCUGAAGCUUCCGGAGCCCUACCAAUCGAACCGCCAAAGGACCGACGAAUGCCAAUGCCCAUUGAGUCACACAAUCUACAGAAUUAUCGUCCGGAGCCAAUUGCAGCAGCUGUGCCUGUGGCUAAACCUCAAUCACACCGCCCUGAAUCUUACAGCCGAGACCCUCAAGCUUAUCCACAACACCAACCAGCGAGAUAUCAGCAGCAACCUCCUAGUCGCUUCCCCAAUGACGCCCCGGAACGUGGUUCUGUUAGUGGCCCGCCACCAGAGGUUCAGGCACCACCAGAACCUCAACGGGAACGAGAAGAAGACGCUGAGUCGAGAUCUGCACUGCCGAAACGAAAUUUGAGCUUCAGGGAGCGUGCGGCGAAGAAUGAGAGGGACCUCCCUGCUACGCAGGCUAGCCCGGUAAGCCCACCAACGGCGUUCUUUACUGGCGGCCCUACGACCGGAAUGUCUCUUACACGGAGUGGGAGCAACAAGUUACGCAAGGAACCCCCGGCCGAGCAACUGACCCCAUCUCGACCUUAUACAGAGAAGGAAGCACCUAGGGCAACGAUCCCUAAACAGAGGGCGGCUACUCAAGCCUAUGCGGCACCAAGUAGGAUUCCCCGUGCUGCCAGGGACAAGGAGCUUCCCCCCGUUCCGGUAGCACAAGAGCCUACUCAAGGAAUACAGCGCCGCGCUACCGAACCUAUUUACGGGAAGGAAUACGGAUCAGAUGAAGAGUAUGUCCCUCAAGCAACUCGGGCAAUACCCGUUGCCGUUCCCGCUCCCGUUCAGAACCUAGAUUCCGAACAGGAUGGUACAUCUGCAGCCAGAAGACGCCUUGAGCGACAAGAUAGCGAUCACUCGGUUGAGAGCGCCCCCGAUCACCGGGUGUCAAACUUGAUAUUCAAGGACCCUGAAAACUUGCAUCCUGGCGAAGGUCUGUACAAGCCUCCGGUUUGGCUGGAUGAAUAUAAGAAGGCGACGGUUGGAUCUCUUGGUGGGACGUUGUUGGACCUUACAGACAACCACGGUGCUGGUGCUGACAAGGGCAAAGCUUGGUGGGAGAAUGGCGGUAGCCGCAAGAGCAGUACUUACUCAUCAAGGCCCAGGAAAGCUGAAGCAUUCGACGGCGAGUAUGAUGACACAAACGCACCAACACGGUUCAAACCGCCCCUGUAUCUAAAGUGCGGGCCCCUGUUGAGAUACUGUGGCAUUCGUCAGGAGCAAGUGCCCACACGAUCUCAGAAUAGUGCCAUUUCAGAUCGAGAAAUUUGGAGAGGCAGCGUCAUGAUUGUGACACAGGAUUCGGAGUCGUCUUAUGACAUUGCUCCCAUGCUUCGUCUGUUUGUGCAGGAUAUUCAGCUGUUGCCUCCCCCGCCACACCACGUUAACGGAGAUUUACCCCCUGAAUACGUAGAUCCUAUUGCAGGGCACCCGAAGCUAGGUCGCAGAGGAGAGACCGUCUAUGUGCGCCCGGUAGAACACCUUGAAGAAGCCAAAGAUCUCUCUCGGGAUGAAACAGAUGAAGGGCUCUAUGAAAGGUCCCGCAGCCCGCCCGACGUUCCUGCGCCAGGUGGUGCGACCGAACUACCACAGUCCUUUGCCGGUCGUCAGAAGCGUAUAGAAGUUGACGGCGAGAAGUUGCAAAAGUACAAGGACGUAAGGGGAUUCCGUCUGCACGCGGAACGAGGCUGUACUUUUUGGCGGUUCAACAUCGAAGUUGAGCUACGAAACAAGCAGCAGCGCAUCGCGUAUCGCAUCAAUCGCGGCCCUUCUAUGGCUUUCUGGGUUCCUCCCCGAGGCCAAGCCAUGAACAUGAUGUUCCACAGUUGCAAUGGCUUCAGUGCCAGCGUCAAUCCCAACGACCUCAGCGGCCCUGAUCCCAUGUGGCGCGACGUGUUGAACAACCACCAGUCCCAGCCUUUCCACGUCAUGAUUGGAGGUGGUGACCAAAUUUACAAUGACUGUGUCGGCCGUGAGUGCAGCCUGUUCGACGAGUGGCUAGAUAUCCGGCAUCCUCAGCACAAACACGCGGCUGCAUUUACCACCAGCAUGCAGGAUGAAAUGGAAGAAUUUUACUUGGAACGUUAUUGCAUGUGGUUCUCUCAGGGUCUUUUUAGCUUGGCAGCAUCGCAGAUACCCAUGGUCAACAUGUACGACGAUCAUGACGUCUUUGACGGGUACGGCUCUUACCCGCAUCACUACAUGAAGUCGCCCGUGUUUACCGGCUUGGGAGCUGUUGCUUUCAAGUACUAUAUGCUCUUCCAGCACCAAAGCGUGUUGACUGAGACGGAGAACAUUGAGCCCAGUUGGAUUCUAGGUGAGGAGCCGGGGCCAUACAUUCAGGAACUCAGUCACAGCGUAUACGUGUCCAUGGGAGGGAAAGUCUCCUUGCUUGCCGUGGACUGCCGCACAGAGAGGACAGAGCACGAAGUGGUAAAUGAAAAGACGUGGGAGAAGAUCAUAAACAGAAUGUAUGCCGAAGUCCGACGCGGCCAGGUCGAGCACUUGCUGGUUUUGCUGGGCGUCCCAAUCGCCUACCCAAGACUGGUCUGGUUGGAGAAUAUUUUGACGUCUAGACUCAUGGACCCCGUCAAGGCACUCGGCCGAACUGGCAUGUUUGGCAAAGCCCUCAACAAUAUCGACGGCGGCGUAGAGGUCUUGGAUGACUUGAAUGACCACUGGACUGCCAAGAAUCACAAACACGAGAGAAGCGUAAUUAUAGAAGAUCUACAAGAUUUGGCCAUUGACAAGUCGUUGAGGAUCACGAUUCUGAGUGGUGAUGUCCAUUUGGCGGCGGUUGGUCAGUUCUAUUCGAAUCCGAAGCUUGGUUUGCCAAAGCACAAGGACCCAAGAUACAUGGUCAACAUUGUGUCUUCAGCGAUAGCAAACACGCCACCGUCUGAUUUGCUGGCAGACGUGCUCAAUAAGCGGAACAAGGUCCAUCACUUUGAUAAACAAACUGAUGAGAGCAUGGUGCCGCUGUUCCAUCAUGGGGUUGAUGGCAAAUCCCGAAACAACAAGCACCUCUUGCCGCACAGAAAUUGGUGCUCAAUUCGUUCGUGGUCACCUGGCAGAACGCCGCCUCCAACACCGCCGCUGUCAGCUUAUGAUAGGAGCCCAAGCCCACCUUCGGUGAUGAACAGCAACGGCGGUGCUGGCGGCGGUGGUGGGCUCUUCCGACGGCUCUCUUUAGGGGGAGGAGGGAGGUCAACAUCCAAUCGCUUCGACGGAUCACGCCCUUCAGUUCGCGGUGAUAGGCCCCCUGUUUCUGGAGGCAUGGGUGGUCUAUUCCGCAGUCUGUCGCGAAGGAAUUCAACAGACGGACCUCGACCUGCGAAGCUUACCCGUACCAUGUCCCUCGGAAGCGGCGAGGGCAAGAAGAAGGGAUUCUUCAACUUUGGCCGGCGUGGGAGCACCAGCAAACCGGAUGAUGGAGGCAUCAAUGGGCAGUGGGGCGAUGACAACGAAGAUGACGGCGGUUAUUUUGUCGAAAAUCAUCACCCUGUCCCUGCCGUACGGCCGUCAGGAUUGCGCGGUGGUGGGACCUAUGAAUUCUCAGAGUUCUCAGAUGAUGACGAGGCACAAUUUACUGCUAAACCGCCCCAACGUGCGCAGACUAUCGGGAGUCAACCAGCAAAGGUGACGAGGGGUGCCGACGAUGUUGACGGGCCAGAUCCCAUGAUACGGCCUUUCCAUCGCACGCCAACGGGCUUGUCAGUCAAGCAGAUGCGCAAGGCAGACCAAUUCGCAGUGGAUCUUGAAGGAGGUCUCGACAUUUGCCUCAACGUGGAGGUUAAUUGCAAAGACCCAACGGGUAUCACAGUUCCCUAUCGACUGCUCGUACCUCGCCUACAGUAUGAGUAUAACCCAGCGAAUGACGAAUUGCCGCAAGCUGUCGCAGACCAACCACAGGCGACAGGCUUCAAAAGAUUUCUAAGCUUCCGCAAGAAGGCUGGGCGGCCCAAGCCAAAGGAGGACGGGCCUGAGGAGAGCGACAGAGAAGGGGAGGAUUAUCUGAGUGACGAAAGCUCUGAUGUUCCACCAAGGCGGUGA